AUGCCUGCUGUACCCUGCUUGUACGACACGCGAAAACUGGCAAUACAAGGCUACCCAUUCCGUGUGCUAUCGGCAAAGACGCUACCAGUCCCUAACCGUUCUGAAGUGGAAAUGUUAUAUCUGUUAGAGGAUGAGAUCCAGGAUAUAGUGGAAAACGCCUUGAGUGAGUUUUCUAAGCUCCACACGUUGGGUCUGGACUUCAACAGGUUGACUCGCGUCAGAAAGAGCUGGUUCACGGGGUUGGUGAAGCUCAACUUCCUGACCUUGUCCAAUAACAGAAUAGCACAGAUUGAUGCAGGGUGCUUCGAGCAGUUGAAAAGCCUUCUCAAUCUGAAUCUUGAGCACAAUCUGCUGCGGGCCGUAGACCCAGUUUGGUUCGCUGGCCGAGUCUAUCUGUCGUUUCUAUUCUUGGGGUAUAACAAGGCCGUUGUUGUCGAUGUUACCCACAACGGUUUCAGGGAUUUUUCGUGUCUUGGGAACAUUGGGGGCUGGAUUUACAACAGGUUGACACAUGUGAAACAGAGCUGGUUCACAGGCUUGAAGGAGCUCGGCGUCCUAACUUUGUCUAAUAACAGAAUCGACCAGAUUGACCCAGGAUGCUUCGUGGACAUGAAACGUCUUUUCAAGCUGAACCUCCAGCACAACCAGUUGCAGCGCAUAGACUCCGCCUG